GUAUCGCUCUUUCAGCAGCAUCUACACCUGAAAUGUCAGCUCGGGGGGCCCCGGCCGCGUCCCCUGCGGCCCCCGCUCCGCCGGACCUGAGCCACCUCACCGAGGAGGAGAGGAAGAUCAUCCUCUCGGUCAUGGAGCGACAGAAGAAAGAGGAGGAGAAGGAGCAGUCCAUGCUGAAGGAACCUCCUAAAGAAGACACAAAGGCUCAGCCAGCUCAGUGGAACCCUUUCAGUGGAAUCACUGAGCUGGUUAGUAAUGUUCUUCAGCCCCAGUCAAAAUCCCCCAGUGAGGAGCAGCCGAAGCCGAAGCUGCACCAGCAGUUUGAGAUGUACAAGGACCAGGUGAAGAAGAUCGGAGAGGAGGCUCCGAAGAACCCGGAGCAGAAGGGAGACUCGCCCACCUGUGGGAUCUGCCACAAAACCAAGUUUGCUGAUGGCUGUGGCCGUGUCUGUUCUUAUUGCCAAACCAAGUUCUGCGCGCGCUGUGGAGGACGCGUCUCCCUCCGCUCCAACAAAGUAAUGUGGGUAUGCAACCUGUGCCGAAAACAACAAGAAAUCCUCACAAAGUCGGGAGCAUGGUUCUACAGCAGUCCUGAGGGCUCCAGAUCGGGGCUCCAAGCCAAAGUAAGGGGAGGCCCAGCCGGAGCAAACCAGGACCCUCUCAGAAACAGUUCAGGGAUCCCGGACAGAAACAGAAGCCCAUCAGCAUCCAAGGACCCCAACGCAGCAUAUAACCAAAGGGAGGGAGAAGGAGGACUGCAGUAUGCCCCGGCUGAAGGUGGCAUGCCCCGCUCUCCGUCCGACUACGGACGUGAUCCUGGCCAUUCGCCGAGGAGUUCAAGAAUGUACAAUGAGCUGGGCAGUUAUCAAGACAGUCAAGGACGCUGGCACUCUCAAGGCCAGCGUUUGGAUGGCAAGCUAGAAGACUAUGAACUCCAAAGACGCCGUGAGGAGGAAUACCUGGCCCGAUACCGCAGCGACCCCAAUCUGGCGCGCUACCCAGUCAAACCCCAGCCCUACGAGGAGCAGAUGCGCAUCCAUGCCCAGGUGUCACGGGCUCGGCACGAGCGGCGUCAUAGUGACGUCUCGUUCGCCUAUUCAGAACUUGACGAGCCUCUGCAUGGGCCUGGUGGACGGCAGUCACGCCUCCCUCUGUUGGGAGGCCCAAGUCAACGCUCGUACUCCAUGGACAGGAGCUCAAUGGGACAUCGGAUGUCGAAUCAUAGCCCACCAACACCACGUUGCAGCCCUGUGCUCGGUGAUAGUCGCAGAGGACUGGCGGAGCCAACGAGGAAACCCAUACUCCAACAGCACCACUUGGACCCUAGCUCAGCUAUGCACAGGAACAAACGGGACAAAAUGGAUAGCAUGCUACGAAACGACUCUCUAAGCUCAGACCAGUCUGAGUCGGUUCGGCCUCCUCCACCUCGACCACACCGCAGCAAACGCCUUGGCAAGCUCAGAACCAUGGGCAGCUUCAGCAGCUCAGAGGAGGAGUUGGCCACCACGCCAGAGUACACAAGCUGUGAGGACGUGGAGCUGGAGAGCGAAUCCAUCAGCGAAAAAGGCAACAUUCAAAGGGGAAAAAGAAAAACAAAUGAGCAGGCACAUUUUUUGGACAUCAGUUACGCCCCGUCUGAGAGGCGAAAGACAGUGGUGCGAUUUUGGCAGUGCAGCUAUGACGAAGACACGGAGUGGUGCCAGCCACAGGUCAAAGAUUCAGGGGUUGACACUUGCAGUAGCACCACACUUAAUGAGGAGCAUAGCCAUAGUGAAAAGCACCCGGUGACAUGGCAACCAUCCAAAGAUGGAGAGCGCCUAAUAGGGCGGAUAGUGCUAAACAAGCGGAUGAAAGAUGGCACGGUGCCCAGAGACACAGGGGCACUGCUGGGCCUCAAGGUGGUGGGAGGGAAGAUGACAGAGUCUGGCAGACUUUGUGCUUUCAUUACGAAGGUGAAGAGAGGAAGUCUAGCAGACACUGUCGGCCAUCUCCGACCAGGCGAUCAGGUCCUGGAGUGGAACGGGAGGGUCUUGCAAGGAGCCACAUUCAAGGAAGUUUACAAUAUCAUUCUAGAAUCCAAGCCAGAGCCGCAGGUGGAGCUGGUGGUCUCACGGCCCAUCGGAGAUGUCCCUAGAAUACCAGAGAGCACACAUGGACAGCUUGAAUCAAGUUCAAGUUCCUUUGAAUCUCAAAAGAUGGCCCCGUCCAUCUCGGUCACGUCCCCCAUGAGUCCUGGCGUGCUCCGGGACAACCCUCAGUAUGUGUCCGGACAGCUCUCAAGUCCAUGCCUUAGUAGAAGAACCACGCCUUUUGUCCCUAGGGUCCAGGUCAAGCUGUGGUACGAUAAAGCAGGACAUCAGCUCAUCGUCACUAUCCUGGGCGCCAAAGACCUGCCUUCACGAGAAGACGGGCGACCCAGGAAUCCAUACGUCAAAAUCUACUUCCUCCCCGACAGAAGCGACAAAAGCAAGAGGAGAACGAAAACGGUGAAGAAAUCUCUGGAGCCCAAGUGGAGCCAGACGUUCAUGUACUCGCCGGUGCACAGACGAGAGUUCAGGGAGCGCAUGCUGGAGAUCACGCUGUGGGACCAGGCCAGAGUCCGAGAGGAGGAGAGCGAGUUCCUGGGAGAGAUUCUGAUCGAGCUGGAGACGGCGCUGGUGGACGAUCAGCCUCACUGGUAUAAGCUUCAAACACACGACCUGUCCUCGAUGCCUCUGCCAAACCCCUCGCCCUACAUGCAGAGACGUGUCCUGCACGGAGAGAGCCCCACACGCAGGCUACAGAACAAGGGCCCGUAUUUUUACAACUCAGGGUCACAGAGAAUCAGUGACGGCGAGUUCUCUGAUUACGACUGUGAAGAUGGUAUUGGUGUUAUGUCAGAUUACCGGCACAAUGGCAGGGAUUUCCAGAGCUCCACUCUGUCUGUCCCGGAGCAGGUGAUGUCAUCCAAUCACUGUUCCCGAUCGGACAUGACCCGCCCACGCUCGCGCUCACCCAGUGUCCCUCCACCACAAAGUCGAAGUUUAGACCACGGUGUGAGAGGACGACCCUCGCAGUAUGGCCCCCGACAUCGCCUUUCUGAAGACAGAUACUCACCAGACAGCCAGUAUCUUACCCUCCCUCCUCGAACCAGACACAGACAACCAAGCAUCGACCCCGCUAUCCAGGACCCCAGUAUGCACCCCAUCUAUCGGGAGGACGCGGUCAGGUUACUGCGCUCCACUAGGAUGGCACGUGCCUGCUCAGACGGGGCUUACGAUAGCUUGGACAGGAGGAUGAGGAGAGAUAGACAAAUGUCUGCCUACAGUGACUCAUUUGAAUCUCCUGAGAGAUAUUACAAUGGGCCCAAUCAUGUAUCUACUCCAUGGCCCAAUCAUGUCAUGAAUGGAACCAGUGGUGACUGCAGGUAUAGCCGCAGCAUGGUGGACAGACAUGAGCAUUACAGGUCCAGGUCAGCUGACCAGCGGCCCAUGAUGGAACGACCGGUCUACACGCGCUCCCGCUCGUCCGAGCGGCCCGACUCUGGCUACAUGAGAUCCAUGCCAUCCUUACCUUCAGGGAGAUCUGCCCCUCCCUCUCCUGCCUUAACGAGGGCAAACAUCCGAACCGGAUCGGUCCAAACAAGUCCCACCAGUACCCCAGUAUCGAGUCGAAGAGGUCGGCAGCUACCGCAAGUCCCACCAAAGGGCUCUAUGGACAGAAGCACUUUGAAGGAUCCAUCGAGGCGUGGGAUGGACAGUCUCUCCAUGAGGUCGUCGGACAGUGAUGUAAGCGACGUGUCCGCUAUGUCGAGCACGUCUCGGCUCAGCAGCACGAGCCACAUGUCUGUCCAGUCAGAAAGGGUGCGAGCGGGCCGCAGGAUCAGCCGUGCGGAGGCUCUUCAGAGUCAGGGAGAGGAGGGCUCUGUCUCUGUGGAAGAGCAGGUGGAAGUGACUACAGCGAUCGCACAGGGGGCGGGGCAUGAUGGGGAGGUGGGUGGGGCUACUGUCAACCCAGAGGAAGAGGAAGAACAGGAGGAACCUGAGAGGGCUCAGACGGCCACCCCGGGGUCCAACAUCACCAAGAGCUCCAGUGUGGGCGGAGACAUGUGCUCGCUGGGCAGGAACGACGACGAGGAUGAGGACGACAAGAAGCGGCGCUCCAGCUUCGGAGCCAAGAUGGCAGCCAUGGUGGGACUGGGGAAGAAGAGUCAGAGCACCUCCCAGCUGGACCCAGAGCAGGAGGGUAAGAAGAAGAAGCCGGUGCGUCUGGCGAUCCAGCGGAGUGUAGAGACUGGUUUAGCUGUGGAGAUGAAGAGCAGGAUGACACGGCAGCCCAGCCGUGAGACCACAGAUGAUGGUGACAAGGUGAAACCUGGAAAUCUAAUUUUCCCUGGAGUGAAGAUCUCUUCAGACAGCCAGUUCACUGAGUUUUUGGAUGGUCUUGGCCCCGCCCAGCUGGCAGGAAGACAGACAUUGGCCACACCUCCAAUGGGUGACAUCCAGAUUGGUAUGGUGCACAGGAAGGAGAGGCUGGAUGUUGAAGUUAUUCGGGCUCGAGGCCUGGUGGGCAAACCAGGGAACAAACAGACGCCAGCACCUUAUGUUAAAGUAUAUCUGCUGGAAAAUGGGAAGUGCAUCAACAAAAAGAAAACCCGGACGGCGCGGAAAACACUGGAUCCUCUUUAUCAACAGCAGCUUCAGUUUGAGGAGAAUCCUGAAGGAAAGGUUUUACAGAUCAUUGUUUGGGGGGACUAUGGACGCAUGGACCACAAAUCCUUCAUGGGAGCCGCCCAGAUCCUGUUAGACGAUUUAGAGCUGACCAACAUGGUGAUUGGCUGGUACAAGCUCUUCCCUCCCACCUCAUUAGUGGACCCAACCUUGGCACCUUUAAGUAGUAAACCUCCAGGUUCAAGCCUGGACAGUUCUAAUGUUCGGUCGUAGCGGCACGAGAAGGAGAGCGGUAGAGAGCGGCGUGAGUAGCUCCAGCUACAGACAGAGAGGAGAUGGUCUGGACAGGACACGUCCUGGUUACACUGCAUGCUUGAUGUUGUGUCCUCUGAGCCCAUGCGAUAAGAGGUUAAGAAAAGGUCGACGUCCUUCUGCCAAAAAAAUAACUGAAUAGAAAAUGUAUGCUGCUGUCACACACAGGGAAAGCACGACAGUGGAUGCCUCUCCGUCCAGCUGAAGAGAUGCAGCUAGGGAUUCAGUGGAGUCUGACUCUUAACUGUAGGACGUUAAGAGUGCUGAUUUCCACUGGAAUAGGAAGAGGACGUUAUACUCUGCCCGUUUUCUCUCUGUUGAAUUCAGAGAGAUGUCAGUGUUUCUUACCUAGAACUUGAUUCAUUGUAGCCAUAACUGUAAGCCAAGCUGUCAAAAGAAAAUCCGUAAAGAGAGAAGCACUUGGCUAAGAUGGGACAGGAAAGGGUACCCUCAGAGAGAUGACAUUCUCGUGGGAAUGACCCUACAUCAAGCCAGAUCUCCACUGGAUCGCUUUUCAAACUUUAGUGAUGAGGAAAUGGAUAUGGCCAGAGUUCCUGUUUGAUUCAGGAAAAAAAAAAUACAAUUAAAUAAUUAAAUAAUGGA